AUGAAAAUUGGUCAAAUGGCUGUCGAUACUGACACUACUUUAGAUGGUAACGAAACACGCUCUACAAACUUAGACGACUACAAAUCUUCAAAAAAUGACAAAUCUCAAACUACAUCUACCACAUCACUAAACACUAUCAAAACAGAUAAAGCAGAAUCUGAGAAAGGUGGAUCUUUAUCUAAAUCUAGCUCAGUAACUAGCGGCAAAGUCAUCGCUAAAGUUUUACCAAAAUCGAUAUUGACGAAUUCUCCUUCGAAGACUCCGCCUCCGCCACCUCCGAGGAUUAGAAGACAAGACUCUCAGGCGUCGUCCAGUUCCACGCAGUCGCCGGCGCCGCCUGUGGCUGUUCGCAUCACUGCUACAGUAGCAGAAGAAGUCGCUCCUCGAAAAGCGAAACGAAAAACAAACAGAACGCAUCGA